CUACAUCCUUGGAGUUUACCUGACUUUCGAUAUAAUUAAUCUAUAAUAGUGAAUGAGCUUUAUUCGGAUCUUUACAACUAAAAUGGCAGACCAAGAGGCAGUUAGGGCUGUCCUCAAUUCCACAAUCACAACAUUGAAGUUCUCUUUCGACGGCCAGGAAGUUGCAAAUAAAGCGUACUGCUCUCGAACGGUUGCCACACCACCACCCACUUUAGUAUGGCCAGGCGCUCCAGCGGACCCUGUAAAGAAAUAUCUUCACGUCAACCUUGACCUUGACGCACCGUUCGCAUCCUUCAACCUCCUCUCUCCGAUACUGCAUUUCCUGCAAGGGGACCUCACUGUUGGAAACAAUGGCAUCCUGGAGUCUUCGAGUCCACCCCUGACUUAUUGGGCUAGACCAGGUCCACCACCAGGCGCCGCGCCGCAUCGAUAUGUGAGCAUUCUUUACGAGCAGCCUGAAUCUUUCAAUUCGGAUCACAGCGUGGUUCCGGAAGGGGGAAUGGCGAGGAUGGCGAGGAUGAAGUUUGAUUUAGCUGCCUUUGAGAAGAAAGCUGGCCUUGGAAAACCGGUUGCCGGUGCUUACUUCACAAGCAAUUGAGUCAGUCUCAUCUGUAAGAAGCGAAUUAAUUCUUACAGACGUGCAGCUACGAUAUAAUAUAUAAGAGUUGUAAAGUAGAACCUGUGUUAGUUACAUUUUUGUUUCGGACUAGGUUGACAACCUUUUUUGGGCUAAGGUGCUUUCUCAAGCAUGCGAGUAAGAGGGGUC